UGCAAGAGUUUUUUUUAUUUAGUGCGCUGAUUUUGCAAGCUAGCUGACUAAGAUGUUACUUGAGCCGUUAGCCUGCUAGCCUGAUGGUCAAGCCUGCUAGCCUAAUAGUCAUGUGUUUAUCGAUUUUACUGGAAAAAAGAAAAUACUGAACUCACUUUCGCUUGUAAAAAUUGUCUAUUUUCUUUAUAAACUAUUUUCUUGAACAACUUAGCACAAUCGAUUAUCGAAACACUGAGGUUACUGCAAGCAUAGCCAGCUAGCUUGUUAAGUCGUUACAGAGCUAAGCUAAUAGGGAGUUUGCUGCAUUUUAUUGCUUCUCAUUACCACAUACCCUUUCUUUUAAUUCACAUUUUGCUCUAACUCGUAGUCUUUUGUUUUUAGAAUUGAUAUGCUGGCACCACCAAUCCCUACCAUCAUGCCGGCUCUUCUGGAGAGGCCCAAGCUGUCUAAUGCCAUGGCACGUGCCUUACACAAGCACAUCAUGAGAGAGAGGGAGCGCAAGAGGCAAGAGGAGGAAGAGGUUGACAAAAUGAUGGAACAGAAGUUAAAAGAAGAGGAGGAGAGGAAAAGGAAAAAGGAGAUGGAGGAGAGGAUGUCCUUAGAGGAGACUAAAGAGCAAAUUAUGAAGAUGGGAGUGAAGCUGCAGGGCCUUCAAGAGGAGAAGCACCAGCUUUUCCUGCAGCUGAAGAAAGUUCUACAUGAAGAGGAGAAAAGACGUCGGAAAGAACAGAGUGACAUGACAACCCUGACUUCAGCGACAUACCAGGCAAACAUGGCCAUCCACCCUAGCCAGCAUAUUCUCAGCAUGCAAGCGGGUCAGGUGAGUCAUGGCCGUCCAGCUGCUCUGCUUGGGGAGCGCAGCAAACAGCUCUUCCAGUCUCCGGUCAUUCCUGCACGUCAUUUCCAGUCUCAGCCAGGAUUUAGUGCAGGCGGAUCAGAGCAUGGCCAAUAUUCGGGAGCGCAGCCAGGUCACAGUCCGUAUGGAGUCACCCAGACGCAGCAUACAUCACCUUUUGCUUCCAGUCAGCCUGUGCCAGCCAACUAUGCCAGUAGUUCACAACUUAGAGGUGCAUCAGCAUUCCAGACCAUGCAGUACCUGCCCCAUCAGCAGCAAGGCUAUGCAGUUCACAGUCACUUUACCUCUCAGCCAGGCUACAUCCCUAGCGCUGGGAUUCCCCUUCAGAAACAGCUGGAACAUGCUAACCAGCAGUCCGGCUUCACAGACUCUAGUCCCCUGAGGCCCAUGCACCCACAGGCUCUUCAUGUCAGCGCUGCGAGUUUGCUGUCCACUCCUCCUAUUGCUGUGCAGAUUCCUCCUGGCAAGUCUGGCAUAUCUUAUACACAUUCGCAAAGGCCAGCGUCUCCAGGUGCAUUUUCCCAUGGAACGCCCUCACAGCAAGCACAUGCAGCUACAUUUCAAAGCUCCUCUCAAGCAACCCCUCGCCACGCCUACCUCUCUCACAGCCAAUCAGGGCAGAGGUUUUACCACCAUGGCAAAUAGCCAUCCAUUUCAGUCCAAUGCAGAAUGUUGGGGUAGAAGAAAAGAUUCGCCACUUACACUUUGCAGCCUUUUUUGGCAUCAUUGUGUUACAACGUAGAACACAUGACUAUUACUGUCACAUCCCAAUCGUUUUUCUCUCUCUUAGAUCUGCCUUUGUAACAGGGUUUAUUUUAACAUUACAGUGAGAUGUGUCUGAAUGUUUCUUUUAUUCAUUUGACAACAGCUGUGCCAACAUUAGUCAUAUUAAAUACUACCACAACAUAAGUUAAAUCGGCCUUUAUACCUGAACUGAACAAUGCAGAAAUGUGUUCAGAGACUAUAAUUUCAUCUUCUUGAAAGUCUACAAGAGCUAAAAGUUGCUAAGCCUUAUUUCAGUUUGUGGAAGUACUUCUAACUGAACUGGAAUAUGGAUUAGGGGUGGGGAUUAUUAUGCAUAUCAUUCCCUCAUAGCAAACUAACGGUAAGAGGGCCGUGGUUAAAAUAAUGUGUCUGAAGCCGACAAACUAAAGCAAAUGUUCAGAUUUUGAAGAUUACCGAAACACUUUUUAAAUUAAUCGUUCACCUAAAGAAUAACAACGUGCGCUAACAAAACAAACAUUGUAAAUAUUGAUUUGACAAGGACUCCCACUCAGGGCCAUCUAUAACUUGCAUUAACAUUGGUGAAUGCAGAGGAAAGCUGCCACAGGAAAAUAAUAUUUUCAUAUGAUUUUAAAUUGUAAAUGUAAUGUUUUAAGCCAACCAACUGAAUUUCACAAAAGUGCACAUGAAGUAAACAUUUUAUUAAUCUGUUUAAGGAGCUUCUUCAAAUAGUAUUAAAUGGUUGUGUAGAAAA